GAAGGCCAAGAUGUCUCAGAUCACCAAAGCGUCGAUGAAAGCCAUCAAAAUGUAUAAACAUAUCGUCCAAUCAGUCGAGCGCUUCAUCAUUAAAUGUCGGCCCGAAUACAAGAUCCCCGGCCUCUAUGUGAUCGACUCAAUCGUACGCCAAUCGCGCCAUCAGUUCGGUGUCGACAAAGACGUAUACGCGGCCCGAUUUGCCCGCAAUUUCGGACAAACCUUUCAGAACCUGUUCCUCACGUGUCCUACAGAUGACAAACCCAAAAUAGUUCGUGUGUUAAACCUAUGGCAGAGGAACAGUGUGUUUACGGCCGAAACGAUUCAGCCGUUGCUCGAUAUGGCGAACCCUAACGCCUCGUUAUCGCAGAUGAAGUUUGAGUCGAGUCCGCAGUCAAACGCCAUCACCAGAGAGGGCGGCGCCGGUCGUGAGUCCAGAGACACGACGCCCGCACUCAAAGACCCCACACUUAUCCUCCAAUUGCAACAAUUGGCUAAUUCUUUAGGCUUAACCAAAGCGGGCAAUAAUUCCGUGGAUUCGCAACAGGAGUCACAAAAUCAGAUAAAAUUUAAUAAAAAGUUAUUAGACUUUGAUUACGGAGACGACGAGGAAGAGGAUGAG